AUGCCUUGCGAAGACGAACACCACAACCAUAAUCAUAAUCAUAAUCACGAUCAUAAUCAUGGUCAUGAUCAUAUACCGCCGAUCCCCACGACUUCAUCGCAAUCCCUUAACUCGAAAAUUGAUAAAUUUAAAGUUUCUGCAUUGAAUUUAGAAAAUCCUCAAGAUCAACUUCAAAAACUAUUCAAAGAUCAAGAACACAAGUAUGAAAUAAAGCCGGUAAUAAAAUCAGAUUGUGAUGAGCAAUUAAUAAUUAACAUACCAUUCCUCAAUGGCAGUGUGAAACUAUAUUCAUUAAUCUUACGUACAAACGGAGAGUCAUAUUGCCCCAAAACAAUAAAGCUAUUCAAGAACGACAAAACUAUUGAUUUUGAUAACAUUGAGUCCAAAAAACCAACCCAACAACUAACUCAUCCACAGAUAGGCAUCUCAGAUAAUGAACUUCUGGAAGUGGUAGAAUCAGACACAUUUGUCGAGCAUUUCUUACAAAGACAUAAAUUCACAGGGGUUCAACAAUUAACUAUUUAUAUUCAAGAUAUUUACAACGAUGAAGAUCAAUGUCAAUUACAUUCAAUUGAAUUGAGAGGUGAAUUUACUGAAUUGAAUAAGGACCCAAUUAUCACUAUCUAUGAAGCAGCUGCUAAUCCUGCUGAUCAUAAAAAUUUGACCGCAAUUGAUCAGAAGAAUAAUGUACAAUUCGGUAGUUGA